AUGCCGAUACAACCUGUUAUUUCGGUUCAGCCUGAGGUCAAGCCAGGGGCAUUAGAUGAGGAGCAGAAGAGGCUUGAGAGGUUUAAGAAGUAUGACCCACCUAUUUUCAAUGGAACAACUACCAAGGAUACGCAGGAGUUUCUACAGAAGUGUCACUGUAUGCUCCGCACCAUUGGUAUUGUGGAGCAUGGCUCAGGUUAUGGAGAUUGUAGGAGGUUAGAGUGUAUUUUGGGCGAGGAGAGGAAGGAUAAGGAGGCCAAGAGGUCUCGAGUCAGUCGGCCAGUCCAAUUCGCACUUCAAACUACUCGUGGUGCUUCAGCUAGUCAAGGACCUCAAGGUACUCAUAUGGGGCAGUCUUCUUUUAGUGCACCACAUGUACGGGGUUCCUACAGUGGUUAUUCCAAUCAUCCAACACAGACUCAGUACCAGCAGCCACGCUCGCACCAGCCAGAGGAGGAGGACAUGCAAGUAGAGGGCAUCCUAGAGGGGGAGGCCCGGCCCGUUGAUAUGCUUUCCAUGGUAGGGUUGAGGCCGUUGCACCAGAUGAUAUCCCUACAGAGGGUCCGGUGCUGGUGUUUCCGCAUCUGCCAAAGAAUGGACGCAGAUGCGAGGUCCUUUGGUGCAUCUGCAUGUGCACAAAAGCGUUGUCGUGGGGCACAGAAGCGGGACGUCACGCAGAUGCAUAUUUUGCGUCGCACCUACACUAUCGCAGAAGCGGAUGUUCUUCUGCAGUGUGCAUGUUCAAUUCCUGGAGACAUGAUACCAUACGCACAUGUUGCAGUUGCUUUGGUAUUUUCCCUGCUUUUAGUAUCAGCAUCAGUUGUGUCCUUUGCAUAUCCCCAAACGUUUUCAGGUCAAGAAUCUUUCAAGAAAGCUGCUGCAUAUAGACUCAGCAAGCCACUGAUCAGUGAUGAUGGGAAGGUUUAUGUGUGUUCAGAAAAGAACUUUUUUGCCUUUGAAGUCAAUGGUUCCAUAGCGUGGACGUUGUCUCUCAAUUACAAAUGCAGCCCUAAUUUAGCUCCAGUUCUAGGGGAAUCAAGAAAGAUAUAUGUGGUUGCAGAAGACAGAGUGCUGAAGAUCAACCCUUUGAAUGUUGGAAGUUCUGAAAUAGCUGUAGAAUUGUUUUUUGGUACAGAAUCUGAAAGACCGGGGGAGAUUAUUGGCCUUGCAGUAAGUAUGUCCAGUUCCUUUGUACUUAUCAAUGUCAAAAACAGGGGUCUCUUUUCUUACCGGUUGCACGGAAAGCUGCACUGGAGUGCUGGCCCGGUACUUUAUCAACGUGGAUAUCGUCAAGGUUGCAGGAAAAACAUCACUGAGUGUUAUUUUUCCUCGGAUCCUGUGUUCGAUCACUGUGAAGCUAGUAUAUAUAUCUCAAAUAAUCAAGGAGAAAUUUAUGCUCUGUCAACUCGUAGUCCACAUUUCAAAUGGAUCCAAGAUUUCAGUUCAUUCGGCAAUACACUGACCAUGACAUCUGGCAAUAAUGGUCUACUGUAUGUUACUAUAGCAGCUAAAGCUCUGGUGCUAGCAGUUGAUGUUUCCAGGGGAAGCAUUUUGUGGCAGACAAGUAUUGGACCGCCAAGUACAUCAGAUUAUGCCCCCGCUGUUGAUUCUAAUGGUUGGAUAUCUAUUGGUUCAUUGGACGGUUACCUCUAUUCAUUUUCACCAGAAGGAGUUAUCAGAAAAUUCCCUAAAGUGCUUAACAUGGAUUCUGCAAUCCAAGUUAGUCCUGUUCUUGAUUGCUCAGGAUAUGCAAUCUAUGUUUCUCAGACAGAGAUUGAAGGAAAGAUUACUCGGAUAAUUGGAGAUUACACUUACAUCUCUGCGACGAAACCAAUGGGCGUUAUCUUCACACUGAUUAGUCCAGUUACUGGGACCAUAUUUUGGUCUGAACAAUAUCCUGGCCAAUUCUCCUCGGAAUUUUUGAGAAGUGACCUGCAACAUUUUCUUCUGGAUGAAAGUGUCCUCCUUGCUUUUUUUGCAGCUUCAAGUGAGUAUCUUCACAAUUACGGAUGCGCUGUAUUUACAUUGAAUACAAGAUGGAUUACUCCUGCAGGUAUUGGGAAUCCACUGCCAUGCCGAAGCGCACGUCAGAAGUUUGCAUUAAGCUGCUCACAGAUUAAGCCUAAGAAUUUCAGCAUCUACACAGGUAAUAAGAAGACAAUUUUUCUGUUUCUGAUCUUGGAAUCUAUCAUAUUGAUAGUACUAGCAGUACUAGUAAGAUUUUGCUGCAUGUUUUGGAAGAAAAAGAAGCUUCAACAUCAAGAUCUUGGAAAAUUCUUAGAUAAAAGACGAUCACUUCGACUUGAGAAGAAAGCUUUUGACAGAUCAAUCACAGAGGUUCAACAAAAGGCCGCUGAGGAAGCAAUAGGCAAUGAGGUGUUGGAAAAGCUAGGCAAUCUAGUUAAGGAAAGGGAAGGCAUAGAAAGGAAGCUCUCAACCUCAUACAGUUUGGGAAAGGACCAAACUGGUUCUCAUUCAACGUCCCUCCUUCCACUGUCCGAUAGAAGCUUUUCGUUUCAAGGCGCGAAGAAAGAGAGUGUUACUUUGUUUCAUACAAUCAGUGAUACUUGUUCUGAAACUAGCUGGAGCGAGAGGGAACAUUCCGAGAUGCAUAUAUCUGAAGAUGAAGAAGAAACAGACGAUGCAAAGUCACCCACUGAAAUAUUUAGUUGUAGCGAUAAUGAGAUUUACAAGGAAGCAUAUCAUGCUAGUCCAUCUUGCUUGGCUUCCAGUUCGAAAGUGUUUAUGAAUACAUCAAGCCGAGUGAUCAAAAGGAUUCCAUCUGCAGAACCGCAGCAUAAGCAUAAGGAAGAGGAAUUCAUAUUCAAGUAGCUAGGAUAUGUCGCUUUUCAACUUCAACUGGCCAAAAUGCUUUCUAUUUGAACGGAACUCCACAAUUGCAUAAGCACGUAAAGAAAAAAGUAGCUACCUCACUGUUACUUAUGCUUGUAUUUUGUGGAUUCAUCUCCUAUUCAGAGCCCCCGAUGGUUGGAUCUAUUAAGUGGCAUAUGCGGUAUUUUACACAAGCAAUAUCAGUAUAU